AUGAAGUUGUCGUCGCAAGUUGAACGUCUCUAUAAGAAAAAAAAAGCAGUACGUAUAAGCUUUUUAACAAUCACUUUUAAUCACGCUGAAUGUUAUCGUUCAGUUGAUUUCAAUUCACUUGUCUUCACUGUUGUACUUUUAAAACAUCACAAGCUAGCUUUCCCUUCUUUAAAUGUUAGUCAGGAUCUUUUGACUAAUAUACUGCUUUUAAAAUGCUGGUAUCAAGUGCAUUACCUAGAAAAUGUAUCAGAUGACGUGAAGUAA